CCCCGUUCUGCUGCGUGUUCACCUCAAAUCCAAAUGGAAGACGCACAUAGAGUAUUGAAGAAUAUAUGGGAUUUUCCAUCUUUUAGGCUGUCUCAAGAAGAGGUCAUUAAACGCCUGAUUGUGGACAAUGAGAACGCACUGGUUUUAUAUCCCACGGGAGGUGGGAAAAGUCUCACCUAUCAGGUUCCAGCAUUAUGCCUUCCAGGGCUGACUGUGGUGAUAUCUCCUCUCAUUGCUUUGAUGAAGGAUCAGGUCGAUGCUCUAGUCGAUCGUGGGGUGAAAGCUGCAAACCUGGACAGCACGUUGGGCGCAGAACGAGCAGCCUGGGUCAAACAAGAGGUUGUCUCAGGGCGUCUAAAACUGCUUUAUGUGGCUCCUGAAAGGCUGAAUAAUGAAGGAUUCAUUGCGAUGAUGAGCCAUGUCAAAAUCUCACUGCUAGCCAUCGACGAGUCGCAUUGUAUCUCGCAGUGGGGUGCAAGCUUUCGGCCCGAGUAUUUAAAGAUUGCGCGUUUUGCAGAGGAAAUGGAUGUAGAACGUGUCCUCUGCUUGACGGCAACCGCUACUCCAAAUGUGGCAGAAGACAUCUGUAAAUCAUUCUUCAUUGAUACUCGGAAAGGUGUGUUUCGCACCCCAGUGUACCGGUCAAACCUGGCUUUGAAAGUUCAAGUUGCAAAUACUCUAGAUCAAAAACUCGAUACUCUUAUUCCCUUCUUGAAAUCUCGAACCGGACCUGCAAUCAUAUAUGUGACCCUGCAGAAACAUACGGAAGAGGUUGCCGGCCAUCUUCGCCCUCAUGGAAUGAAACCAAUGGUGUAUCAUGCCGGAUUGAAUGGCGAUGAGCGUGCACGUGUCCAACAGCAAUUUAUGGAUUCAGAUAAUGGUAUAGUUUGUGCUACCAUUGCUUUUGGCAUGGGAAUCGAUAAGGCCAACAUCCGCCAGGUGGUCCACCUGUUCAUGCCGAAGACUCUUGAGAAUUAUUGUCAGGAAGUUGGCAGAGCAGGACGCGACGGUUUACCGUCCACGUGCUUGAUGUUCCUUUCUGCGCCAGAUAUCCCUAUUUUGGAGGGAUUUUGUCGCGGCGAUACGUGCAGCAAGAGGAGCCUCCACUUAUGGCUCCAAGAAGUAGCGCUCAAAACACCUGAUAGGGAUGGCACAUUGAGCUUCAACAAUUACCAACAAUCUAAAGAGUAUGAUAUUCGCCCUACCAUCCUGGGCUUAAGUUAUGCACAACUCGAGCUCGAGUACAACUACAUCCGUGCUGUGACGCCAUUAUACUCUCAGUAUGAUAUAUCGUCGCGCACAGCUGACGGCUGGCAGAAGGUAAUGGGUGAUAAGUCCGAGGCAGCAAAGAUAAUCAAGAUGUACUGGAAACCCCGCGGUUCGACUUACCAGAUCGAUGUAGUUGUUGUAGCUCAGCAGUCGGGUCAGGAUCGCGGAGAUCUCGCGAGAAAAAUAAGUGAUUGGGAGCUCAGCGGUUGGGCUAAUGUGAAAGCUUCACAGGUUAGAGCACGAUAUAAGAUACUCAAUCCUCUCCCGAUGGAAAAGGAAGAAAUAGCAAAUAUCGCCGAGAUGAUGUACAACCGUAUGCUCGAUAAAGAGGAGGAGGCCAUAGUCAAGCUCCGACAGGUGAUUAAUUUUGCUACCAAUAACGAAUGUAUGGCACAGUGUCUUGCUUCAUACUUCGGGGAUGAGGCGGCCAUUCCUACUGGCUUGUGCGGAUCGUGCAGCUUCUGUCAAACGGGCAAGGGCAUAACUUUUGAGCCAGGGAUCACCACUUUGCCUGAUCCUAUUAGGAUCAAGGCCAUUUUGAACGCAUGUCCCGAACGUGACGACCCUCGCCUCCUCGCGCGCAUGGCAUUUGGUGUUACGUCUCCCAGGUUGACAGCGGGAAAGUGGUCCACUAGUCAUCCGCUGUUUGGAAGCAUGGUAGAAGUUGAUUUUAAUGCUCUGGUAGAAGCGUUCGACAAGGAAUGUGCAAGAGCAGGAUACGCAAAUGCUGAACCCACACCGACAAACAAUAAGCGUCCUGCGUCGCAGUCGGCUUCUUACGGGGCCUGCAGCCGAUCAAGCGGAGGGAGAGGAGGUACCACUAAGAGAGCACGAAGAAGUUAAUUCACGGGUUGGACGUUUGAACAGAGUCAACAGACAAACUAAAUUACCGAUCUUUUCAUUGUAAAUUACAAUCGUAAUGUUGAUUACGUAGUCGAACA